AGUACGACUCGAACGAAAAUCCUUACAGAAUACGGCGCCAGUGCGAGAAGCGCGAUCGUAAGAGUCAAAGGGACGAGUGCCGGAGUGCAGCGAUUUUUCGGAGCAAAAAGGGAAGGACAAAUGAACGAGAAUCGACGAACAAAGCGCGCGAAUGAUAAUGGGCCUCGCGCUCGGUCGCGGCUGUUGACAGUAGUAGUAGCAGGCGUCGGAAAUCGCGCGGAGAUAAGACUCCGUUGACGCAGGUGAAAAUCGAGGCAUACUGCAGUGUAUAUACUCCGAUUUCACUUCGUAUCAGCAGCAGCAAACCAGUGCUCCGCACACACACACACACACACACAUACUUCUAUAUAAUAACAACGCGGGUAUUUUUGCCUGCUUAUAAGUAGCUGCGCGUAUCUAUUGUCAGAGUGAGCCAACAAUUAAUACCAGUCCGUGAUAAUCAAAAGGGUUUGUCGCUGCUUCUCACAGUGCGCAAUCCUCGCUGACGCUUUUUCGGGGGACGACGACAACUUGUUUUUCCGAGUCCACACUGACGACUCGAGGCUACAAGGUGGCGGCUGCGAAAAAACGAUUAUAAAAAGCAUUCCAGAAAAGCUUUCGACCAUGAUCUGACUAACCUCCAUGCGAGCAUCAGCCGCGAGCCAUCAGAGAACCCGGUUCUUUUCACGAGAUAUACAUGUCGAGAUGGCUUGCGAAGCUUGCGCCAUCAAGUUCACCUUCUUCAAGAGGAAAAAACAAUGUAUGGAUUGUUUAAGGUAUUUUUGUACAGAAUGCGUUAUAAGACGAUUUGACAGAAUACUGAGCUGCGACAACUGCAGUAUGCUCUCUCGUAGACCACUUAUUAGAAGUCAAAUACUACAAAUGCGCUCCAAAUAUUUAAGACAAUAUCUCUUGGCAAAGAACGUAUCUCUUAGAGGCUGCAUAGAAAAAGAAGAUUUAGUAAAUUUACUCAUUAUUUUUGCAAAUGGCCCGGAAGGUAGAAGAACUAGUGAAAGGAUAGAAAAUACACCAAGAAAUCAAGUAAACGAAAAUAGAACAGAAUCAAACGAAACGAGGCAAUCAAAUCGUUCUACACCACCUGAAACUUUUGAAGAUUCACCAUCUAGUCGAUCUAGAAGUCCACAAAUAAAUGAUAGGCCGAUGGGUGAAGUUACUACACCUGACGAUGUUCAAGAGACACCAGAAAAUAGAGUAGCCCACAAUAUUGAAAUCGAAGAAGUUUCAGAAAGUGAAGAAAUUGUUAAUGGAGGACCUGAACCUGUGAUAACGGAGCAAGAAGAAGUUUCUGAAACAGCUCAAACAGCUCACAUAGAGCGCACUGAAAUGUUUACAGAAAUACAAACGUGGACUGGUAUUGUUAAACUAUCAGAUAUUAAAGAAAUUCAGGAGCUUGAAAGUUUGACAGUGAAACAGCUCAAAGACUUAUUAAGUGCUAACAGAGUAGACUUCAAAGGCUGUGUAGAAAGGUGUGAGUUAUUAGACAGAGCUUGUAGGCUAUGGGAAGAAUACAGAAAAUCUAGAAAAGUGAUUGAAACUGCAGAUGAAGAUGCACUAUGUAAAAUUUGUUUGGAUGCUCCAAUUGAGUGUGUAAUUUUGGAGUGUGGCCACAUGGCUUGUUGUAUUCAAUGUGGAAAACAAAUGUCAGAAUGUCCAAUAUGUAGACAGUAUGUUGUUCGAGUUGUAAGAUUUUUUAAGGCUUAAGAAUUUGUUGUAAGAUGGAAUAAUUUUAAUGAACUAAAUUAAUAAAUAUUAUUCUUUUAUUUGAUUCA